AUGCAAACUUGUGUGGGGUUGACCUACUCUUCAUCUUUUCAAAGUAAUUUCAUCCUCUGUUGCAGGCCUCACUGCUUGCCACAGAAGACAUUUUGCAGCCUUGAUAAGUCGAGCAAGAAAAAAGGUUCUUGGCCGUUUGUUUCCCUUUCACUCUUUGGGACCGGCUCUGUAUUGGGUACUCUUCUCGACGGAAUUCACUCUAGGGUAAAUCUCCAGGUAUACCAUAAUGGAGCAAUUGAUGUUGGCCCUGUGCAUACCAACAUAUGGGUACCUCCCAUGCUUGGGGUGUUCUACUGCGCUGUUGGGUUACUUCAACUAGUUUUGGAUGAAAAAAUACCCUCAAGAUCGAAAGAUCAAGCAGGGAGUUUGGAGAAGACUGCAAUCUCACUGAUAACACUUGCAGCUUUCAUUGAAUUGAGUGCUGAAAUGUUCAAAGUUGGAGUUCCAGACAACGUAGAAGCCGCCGUUUUGUUCUUGUUGGCAGAGUUCAUAUGGUUCUUCCUGGAUCGCACCUGGCUUGGAUUUGCCCUGGCUUGCUUUGUAGGCGCUGCAUGCCCCUUGGCUGAGAUUCCACUGAUCAAAGUGUUUCAUUUGUGGGAUUAUCCCAACUCAGAUAUCCAAAUCUUUGAUGAGGGAUUAAUUAGCUGGACGACGACCUGCUAUUUUGUUUACACACCAUUCUUGAUAAACUUGGCACGGUGGCUCAAAUCUGUAAGCGCUGAUGGUGGCGACAGUGAUCCAGUGGCUUGAUAAAUUCGAUAAAUUAUUAAUGCUUCUUUUGUCAGAUUAGUGAUACUGCUUGGAUUGGUUUAUAUGGGAAAUUGCUAAGAUUUCCCGAUUGUCGUUUGUAGAUUGUUAAAUUUACUUUGAAAGUUGACGAUGUUAAUUUGGACUCGUGAAAAUAAUUUAAAUGGAUUAUGUUGAAAA